AUGGCCUUGAACCGCGGAGGAGCUAUUGCCGUUGGCAUACUGGGUGCCUUCAUUACGGGCUCGAUGGUCAUGGCUAGUCGCGAUAUGGUCAACGAUAGGCGGCACGGAAGCAGCAUAGGGCCAGAUGGUAUCACAAGCAACGUUCUUGACAAGAAAGCGUCAGACCAGAAUCGCCCAGAUAAUUGCGACGUGAAGGAAAUCCGGGAUAGACGAUUGGCUGAGCAUCGCUCCCGAGGGAAGUGA